UCAUGCCUGAGCCAGCCAAGUCCGCUCCUGCUCCCAAAAAGGGCUCUAAGAAAGCCGUCACCAAGGCCCAGAAGAAAGAUGGCAAGAAGCGUAAGCGCAGCCGCAAGGAGAGCUACUCCAUCUACGUGUACAAGGUACUGAAGCAGGUACAUCCUGACACCGGCAUCUCGUCCAAGGCUAUGGGCAUCAUGAACUCCUUCGUCAACGAUAUCUUCGAGCGCAUCGCCGGCGAGGCGUCCCGCCUGGCGCAUUACAACAAGCGGUCGACCAUCACGUCCCGGGAGAUCCAGACUGCUGUGCGCCUACUGCUUCCCGGUGAGCUGGCCAAGCACGCCGUGUCCGAGGGCACCAAGGCUGUCACCAAGUACACCAGCUCCAAGUGAGUCCCUUUA